AUGGCGCCCGUAGAUCACGUCGACCACAAUGAGCUCGAGCAGCAACUCAAAGACAUCAUCCAGGACCUCUACCAGGUCAUGGUCCAGGUCUCCACGUACGACUCCAUGGGCCGCUCCAGCAGAGAUGUCCUGACCAACGAGAUCAAAACCCUCUCCCGCUCCCUCCAGAUCCUCCACACGUCCGCCUCGCCGCCCAACAACCUCCCGUCGAUCCCGCCCGAGCUGCUCGAGUACGUCGAGAACGGCCGUAACCCGGACAUCUACACGCGCGAGUUCGUCGAGCUCGUCCGCCGCGGCAACCAGCUCAUGCGCGGCAAGCUCAACGCCUUUGGAUCCUUCCGCGACGUCCUCGCCGAGCAGAUGGCCGCCGCCAUGCCGGAGCUGCGCGAGGACAUCGCCCACGUCGUAGAGGCUACCGGCGGGGCAACCUCCGGCCGCGCCGCGGAGCAACGGAAUGGCGGUGCGCCUGGGCCUGCUGGCGCGGACGCUGGCUCGGCGGCUGGAAUGUCUUCGGGUUGA